GUAGCUGCUAAGUACAGGUCAUAUUACGCUAAGGACACUCUUAGAGACACGACUAAGAAGACACUCCACAGACCAGAGCUGCUUCACUGGGACGACAAGAAAGAGAGAGAGGACAGAAAUAAGAACAGGAACGACUUAUUUCUGUUAUACCCUGAACUACUGCAUCAAGCUCCAUUGGAUGAUACAGUAUCUCUACCCUUACCAUAUAAGGAGGUGUUGCAUCAUCAGGUCACUGUCAUAUGUAAGGAACUCUCUCUCAAACUGACACUGAGCAGACACGGGAAGAAGCAGCUGUUGGAGCCAUUUUAUGUGAGGCUCUCAUUAUUUGAUGCUGCUAAAGGAAUGAAGAUAUCAGAGGAUUUCCACAUUGAUUUCAACGAAUCAGAAUCAUUGAUCAGAGAUGAUACUGAAUCAACUGAUGAUACUGAUAUCAACAAACUAGCAAGAACUACCAACCAAGCCUUAUUCUCAGUUACAUUCCCCCACCCUGAGGUGUUCAUUGUUGCCAGGAUUGAGAAGGUUCUUCAAGGAGGAAUAUCAACAUGUACCGAACCUUACAUGAAACCAACUGAUAGUCUAAAGAUGGUUGACAAGUUCUCCAAACAGGUUACCAGCGUGAGGGAGAGACUGGGACAGUACAGGAUGCCUUUUGCUUGGGCAGCAAAGUAUGGUACAUGUACAUGUAUUACUAUUAAUGGUCAUCAGUUAAUGUUCAUCUUAUCAUGUAUACAUGUAUCUACCUAA